AUGAAGGUGGAGGAGUUGAUUAUUGAUGGUUUCAAAUCAUAUGCUACAAGAACAGUCAUUACUGACUGGGACCCGCAAUUCAAUGCCAUUACAGGUUUAAACGGUUCUGGUAAGUCGAAUAUCUUGGACGCCAUUUGCUUCGUGCUCGGAAUAGCAUCAAUGAGUACUGUCCGAGCAUCUAGUUUACAAGAUCUGAUCUAUAAGCGUGGUCAGGCUGGUGUUACAAAGGCAAGCGUAACCAUUGUUUUCGAUAAUACCGAUAAAUCAAAUUCUCCCAUUGGGUUCGCCAACUCUCCUCAAAUUUCUGUUACAAGACAAGUUGUACUUGGUGGGACCUCCAAAUAUCUUAUAAACGGACAUAGAGCACCUCAACAAUCCGUUUUGCAAUUAUUUCAAUCUGUGCAGUUAAAUAUCAAUAAUCCUAAUUUUUUAAUAAUGCAAGGUAAAAUUACAAAGGUUUUAAAUAUGAAACCUUCAGAAAUAUUAUCAUUGAUUGAAGAAGCGGCAGGUACAAAAAUGUUCGAAGAUCGUAAAGAGAAGGCAGAAAGAACAAUGUCCAAGAAGGAAACUAAAUUACAAGAGAACAGAACUCUUUUAACUGAAGAAAUUGAACCUAAACUGGAGAAACUUCGAAACGAAAAAAGAAUGUUUUUAGAGUUUCAAUCUACGCAGACAGACUUGGAGAAAACGGAACGAAUUGUGGUGUCUUAUGACUACUAUAAUCUUAAACAUAAGCAUACAUCUAUAAGAGAAACUUUGGAGAAUGGUGAGGCCCAUAUGAAAAAUUUAAAUGAAUUUAUCGAAAAAACGAUUCAAGAAAUUAAUAGUUUGAACGAAGAUGUCGAGGAAAUUAAACAUCAAAAGGAAAAGGAGCUAAACAAAGAGGGUAAAAUUUCCAAGUUGGAAAAAAAGGAGAAUAGUCUUUUAAAUGAAAUUUCUCGCUUGAAAACAUCCCUGUCUAUUAAAGUGGAAAAUUUAAAUGACACUAAUGAAAAGUUAAAAUCCGUGGAAGCAGAUAUUACGACUUCCUCCACAAAGCUAAAUGACAAAAAAAUAGCAUAUACUAAGACCGAGAAGGAUUAUAAGAUAGUGCAACAACAGCUCAGUGAAAAAAGGGAUCUUUAUAAAAGGAAAGAGGAAUUAGUGUCUACUUUAACCACGGGUAUUUCUUCCACUGGUGCGGCAGAUGGUGGUUAUAAUGCACAGUUGGGAAAGGCAAAGACUGAGUUGAACGACAUCUCCUUGGCAAUAAAGAAAUCAAACAUGAGAAUGGACUUGUUGAAGAAAGAACUACUGACUAUCGAACCUAAAUUAAAAGAGGCCACAAAGGAUAACGAGUUAAGUAUCAAGCAUGUCAAAGAGUGUCAAGAAAUUUGUAAUAAGCUGCAGGCGCAAUUAGUCGAAUUCGGAUUUGACCCAUCAAGAAUCAAAGAUUUAGAGCAAAAAGAAAAUAAAAUGAAGAGUCAAUAUUACCAAAUAUGUAAUGAGGCCGAGCAUUUAAAGAGGCGCGUGGCAAAUUUAGAAUUUAACUAUACGAAACCUUAUCCUGAUUUUGAAACCAGCUCUGUCUAUGGUGUAGUGGGUCGACUUUUUCAAUUGGAUAAUGAUAAUAUUCGUUAUUCUUCUGCUUUACAAACGUGUGCUGGAGGUAGGCUUUUCAAUGUUGUUGUUCGAGAUUCUCAAACAGCCACUCAACUAUUGGAAGGAGGAAGGUUACGCAAGCGUGUUACCAUCAUACCCCUUGACAAAAUAUACACAAGACCGAUAACUCCUCAGGUGCUUGAGUUGGCAAAGUCGAUAGCUCCUGGCAAAGUCGAGCUAGCAAUAAAUUUAAUAAGAUUUGAUAAACCUGUCACUAAAGCAAUGGAAUUUAUUUUUGGAAAUAGCUUGAUCUGUGAUGAUCCGGAAACUGCGAAGAAAAUUACCUUCCAUCCCAAGAUUCGUGCUAGAAGUAUCACUCUGCAAGGUGAUGUGUAUGAUCCAGAGGGUACAUUGUCGGGCGGUAGUAGAAAUACUUCUCAGUCCUUAUUGGUUGACAUUCAGAAAUAUAAUCAGAUUCAAGAAAAAAUUGGAACCAUUCAAGCCGAUCUUAAUCAGGUAGCGGAGGAGUUGAGAAAACAAUAUGCCACAUCUCAAAAAACAAAAACCAUUCAAAAUGAUUUAAAUCUAUCACAGCAUAAAUUGGAUUUGGCUAAACGUAAUCUAGAAGUGAAUCCAUCGUCCCAAAUAAUGGUUAGAAAUGAAGAAAUUUUAAGAGACAUAGGAGAUUGUGAGAAUGAAAUCAAAAACAAGCAAAUGAUUUUACAAAGAUGGCAAGAAGAAAUUUCAACUAUUGAAAAAGAUAUGAAGGAAUACGAUAGUGAUAAAGGAUCCAAGUUGAAUGAAUUGAAGAAGGAACUAAAACUGUUCGCUAAAGAUCUAGAAAAGCAGGAAUCAGAGGCAGAAUGUAAGUAUGACUUGUUUCAAAAUUUAGAAUUAGAAACAGAGCAGACAAGGUCAGAAUUAGAUUCUAAUAAAGCGUUAUUGCAAAGUUAUCUGAAAUCUAUUGAAAGCUUGAAAUUGGAAAACUCUGAACUGGAAGGCAAAAUACAAACUAUGGAAGAUCAUCUUGUAACAAUCCAAACAGAACUGAAUGAAGAAAAGAGAAGGUUGAUAGAUAUUGAUGAUGAAUUAACAGAGUUGGAAACGCUGAAAAAGAAAAAACAAGAAGACAGAAAAAACGCUGAAUUGGAAUUGCAAAAAUUGGUUUAUGACUUGAAUAAAUAUAAAUCUAACACAAGUAAUAUGGAAAAGAGAAUAGGAGAAUUGCGACAGGAACACAAUUUUCUGGGAGAUUUUGAUUUAGUGACGAAUAUCGUUAAACAAAAUGAAGGUAUUAACCUGGAUACUUAUAGAGAAAGAAGUAGACAACUAAACGAGAAGUUUCAAGAAUUAAGAAAAAAGGUUAAUCCAAAUAUCAUGAAUAUGAUAGAAAAUGUUGAGAAAAAGGAGGCAGCGUUGAAAACAAUGAUUAAAACUAUUGAAAAAGAUAAAAUGAAAAUUCAGGAAACCAUAUCAAAGUUAAACGAAUAUAAAAGAGAAACUUUAGUCAAAACAUGGGAAAAAGUAACACUUGAUUUCGGUAAUAUAUUUGCAGAUCUUUUACCUAAUUCAUUCGCUAAAUUAGUUCCAUUUAAAGAUAAGGAUGUGACGCAGGGGCUAGAAGUUAAAGUGAAGCUUGGUAGUAUUUGGAAGGAGAGUUUGAUUGAAUUGUCUGGUGGUCAGAGAUCCCUGGUUGCCUUGUCAUUAAUUAUGGCAUUAUUACAAUUUCGGCCAGCACCUAUGUAUAUCUUAGAUGAAGUUGAUGCCGCUCUAGAUUUGAGUCAUACGCAAAACAUAGGACAUUUAAUCAAGACAAGGUUCAAAGGAUCUCAGUUUAUUGUAGUCUCGCUCAAAGAGGGCAUGUUUUCCAAUGCUAAUAGGGUCUUCAGAACGAGAUUUCAAGACGGUACUUCUGUAGUUAGUAUAAUGUGA